AUGCUCUCACGUGUUGCUGCAGUGAAGGCACCCCGCACACACAACCGUCGCCGCGUGACCGGAUCCAGCGGAAGGAGGAGGGAAGGAAGAGAGAGUGAGCCGCAGAGGCCCAACAUGUCCCGGCGUGUGUUUACUUCGGCGCUGCUGCUCCUCCUCGUCGUGAUGAUGUGCGGCACUGGUGGAGCUGCUGAGCCAACGUCACGUCAGGAAUCUUCACCGAGCCCAUCUUUUGCUUGGAGAGACAAGAAUGAUGAAACUGUGGGUUCUUUGCGUGUUCCAGUUCUUGUUGAGAUGGAUGGUGAUGUGUUUGCCGUUGCCGAGGCGGAGUUCACGGAAGCCAGUGACAGCGGUUUUACUGGGAUUGCCUCGGAGCUCUUGACGUUAACUGAUCAGGAAUCAAAAGAAUUGGGUAAAGCCCAAGUGAAGACACAAGUACUGGAGGAAUGUCUUUCCCAAAAUAAGAGUUGUGCCUCCCAAACAGGGGCUCAGGAGGAUUCCCAAAACCGGAAAAAAGUACAUGUGAGCCGACCAACAACAGUCGUGAAGGGAGGUGAUAUUCACAUGCUUGCUGGAACCUAUAGUUUUGAAGUUACUGAAGGCGUUGAUCAGACAGCUGCAGCAGCUAAAUGGGGACUUUUGGUGGCGAGCGGCAACGUCAGUAAUGAUGGGAGCACCGAUAAAAAAAAAAUUUAUUGGAACGACGCUUACGUUAUCCCGUGGACUGAAUUUGAAAAACGACACGAAUCCUUGACAGGGCUGAUUGGCGGCGGCGGAUCGGGUGUUAAGAUGAACGACGGUACGCUUGUGUUGCCCGUGGAAGGCACGAAGAAGAAUGGAAAAACCGUUUCGCUGAUCAUAUACACAGCCACUGAUGGUGGGAAUCUGUCGAAGGGGAUGUCUGCCGAUGGCUGCAGUGAUCCCUCCGUCGUGGAGUGGAAGGGAAAACUCAUGAUGAUGGCUGCGUGUGAUGAUGGCCGCCGCAGGGUGUACGAGUCCGAUGACAAGGGGGAUUCGUGGACGGAGGCACUCGGGACACUCUCGCGCGUGUGGGGCAACAAACAGGGAAAUGAGAAGCGGGCUAGAAGCGGUUUCAUCACAGCGAAUAUUGACGGUGUUGAAGAUAAGAGAAAUGUGAUGCUUGUCACUCUGCCGGUGUAUUCCGAGAAGGCUGGCAACAAAAAGGGCGUACUCCAUCUUUGGCUGACGGACAAUACGCACAUUGUUGACAUUGGGCCGGUGUCCGAGGAAGACGACGUUGCCGCCAGCGCCCUGUUGUACAAAAGUGUUAAAAGUGGAGAUCAAGGAAAUAAAGAGGAGAAGUUGAUUGCACUGUACGAGAAGAAAGGCGGUGGGAGAUCAUCACCCGGUAUGGUGUCUGUGCGUCUGGCUGCGCAGCUGAAGCGGGUGAAGGAGGUGCUGGCGACGUGGAAGAAAGUGGACGACCGUGUCUCCAAGCUGUGCCCUCUUUCAAGUGCUACUGUGAGUAAAUCAACUGACAAUGCCUGCAGCGCUGUUAAGAUCACGGAAGGGCUGGUUGGCUUUUUGUCCGGCAACUUCUCUAAUAACACAUGGAAGGACGAGUACCUCGGGGUGAACGCCACAGUAAAGAAGGGAGCGAAAGAAGUGGCCAGCACGGAUAACGGCGUGACGUUCAAAGGACGUGGUGCGUGGGCGGAGUGGCCUGUUGGCAGGCAGGGGGAGAAUCAGCUGUACCACUUUGCCAACUACAACUUCACUCUUUUGGCGACGGUGUCCAUCCACAAUCUGCCGAAGGGAGACAAUCCCAUUCCAUUGAUGGGUGUGCGUCUUGACGGUGGAAAAAAACUUAUGGAGUUGUCGUACGACAGCGGAAAGAAGUGGCGGGUGUUGUGCGGUGACGGAAUGACCAAGAAGCUUAAAAGCACUUGGGCGAAAGAGACACAGUACCAAGUGGCCAUUGUGCUACAGAACGGAAAACAGGGCUCCGCGUACGUCGAUGGUCAGCGUGUGUGUGGGAGUGCGCAACGUGGAUUGGAAGCAACAGAAUCGCAAGAGAUUUCCCACUUCUACAUUGGAGGGGAUGGAGGCAGCGCAGGGGGCCAAGACGACGUCUCUGUGACUGUGAGGAACGUCCUGCUGUACAACCGCCCGUUGACUUCUUCUGGCCCCGAUGCCGAAGUGGAAAAAGAUGUUGCGUCACCAGCGGGAGCUGUUUCUCGUACCAAAACAGGGGACGAAAUAAAAACGGAGGGGAAGCCUGCCACCACACAGCAAGUGCCGACGGCUCCGGGGUCACAUGCCGUUGGAGAAGCAGCGGGCAAUGCCGGCACUGUGCAUGGGAGCGGCCUGCUGCCAUCGCUGCUUCUGUUGGGACUGUGGGGGUUUGCGGCUCUGUGA